CCAGAAGUGUGUGGACUGACACAGGGAAUCGUAGGCUUCAGAUAUAGGUGGAUCGGCGGGCACCGGGCCCCCAGGCAGAGCGGCGGGCAUCGGGCCCCCAGGCAGGGCGGCGGGCACUGGGCCAUCUGGCUCGACAGCGGGCAUCGGGUCACCAGGUACAACAGCGGGCACCGGUUCAUCAGACAUUGGAUCGUCUUGCUCGACCGCGGGCACCAGGUCAUCUGGCUCAACAGCGGGCAUCGGGUCACCAGGCAUCAGCGGGCACUGGGUCAUCAGGCAUUGGAUCGUCUGGCUCGACAGCGAACA